AUGUGACGGAAUUUGCAAAGACGAAUUUUAUACGAAAUAAUGUCCGGACUAGGAACAAUCCCUUCCGUAUGCAGCAGUGGAUCAUUGAUGACAAACUACGCAAGAAUUGGUCAUGCUGCACAACAAGUUUUUCCAGAUAUCUUACAGGAUAUUAUAUCGAUAAAAGAACCACAAUAUAGACUAUAUAGUGACGUGACAAGCAAUCGGUAUCUAAACCGUAAUUUGCGAGCAGAUGAAUGGUCAAUGAUCAACAAUGUACGUACAAAUGGUUACGUGAACUUUGAUAUUCCAUUGAUUUAUAAACUUGUCAGAAAUUUAAACUUAGUUCCACCUCCGAGUAAUGGAUGGGAUUUUCACACUCCUCCGGCAGCCAAUGAAAUAUUACCUGGUGAUGAUAUUGAACGAAUCAGAAGGACAAGAAAUGAAAUUCUUCAUAGAGGGAAUGCACAAUUAUCGGAUUUUGAUCUUACUGAUUAUUUUACAACUUUCAAAGCCAUCGCUGUUCGAUUGGAGGCUUAUCUUGGUAAGCCAAAAGGAGAGUUUUUACACAAAUUUCAGGAUUUGGAGAACUGUAGCAUGGAUGAGAUUACUGAAAAGACAUAUUUGGAAAGUCUAACAAUACUAAGAGAACGGGAAAUUAAUCUGUCUAAAGCUGUGGAAAUUAUGCGAAAGGAUCUUGACUCACUUUUGUAUAAAGAAAGUCAUCAAAUUGUAAUUGAAGAAUGGGAGGAACAAAAUAAAUUGUUCAUCAAAACAGAUGCCGUUGAUUUCGUUUUGGAAUCCUUGAAAGAGAUGAACUGCUGUACGGUCAUCGGUACAUCAGGAAUUGGAAAAUCUGCAACUAUUCAUCAUAUUGCACUAUUUUUACGCGACACUGAAGGCUAUCGUAUUAUUCCUAUACACAGUCCUUCCGAUAUCGAAAAGUACUUUCAGAGAAAUCAGUCGCAAAUAUUUGUAAUCGAUGAUAUAUGUGGAAAAUAUACUGUUAUCCAAGCAGAAGUUGAAAAAUGGAUAAAAAGAAAUGAAUCAAUUCAACGCGUGUUAAAAUGUAAUAAAUUUAAUAUUAAAGUAAUAGCUUCAUGCCGCAUUCAAGUGUUCAAUGAGACUCAGUUUAAAAGAUUGAAGUUAUUUACUGAGAACUUUUGCAAUUUAUCUUCCGAUAACUUUCAUCUAUCACCUCAGGCAAAACUACAAAUUGCCCGUCAAUACUUACCUGAACCUGCGGUGGAUAAUAUCAAAAAUGAUUUAGACAAAUACGAGUUCCUGCCUUUAAUGUUUGCAUUGUACAAAUCAGUAUACAAGGAAAAUGAAAAUUUUGACGUCGUUAAGUUUUUCAAAAACCCGUUUAAUAUAUACACUGAAGAAAUAAAUGCGCUGUAUGAGCUUCUCGACAAAACGAAAUUUUGUGCAUUGUUUUUCCUUGUUAUAUAUAAUGGUUAUUUAGAUGUAUCUUUUUUUACAAAAGACGAAAGUGAACAAGAACGACAGACGAGAGAAGAUUUCAUUGAAGAUUGUGGAAUUCCAAGAAUCACUCUUCGCCAGCGUAUACUAGAACAACUCACAUCUCUUGUUCCUCUAUUUAUUAGAUCAAAUAAUGAUUUAUCGGGACACGUAUUAUCAUUCUCUGCCAUACAUGAUAAAACAUUUGACUUCCUUUGUUACUAUUUUGGCAAUAACUUUCAGCAAUCAUUUUUACGCUUUGCUGACAGUGAAAUGUUAAACGAACGUACAAUGCUUAAAUCGUUAGUUUCAACGGAUGAAAAUAUUGAAGAAUUCACUAUCUUGAUAGAUGAUUUCAACGAGGACAGGUACUUUAAAAGAAUAGUACAUCAGUGGUCUAGUGGAAAGCUUGCUAGUUUAUUUUACAGCAGGCAGAUGAAUUAUGAAACAUACAGGAAUAAACUUAUUAACUUUCUAAAUAGAUUACCCAAAGAAAAAUGUGAGGAAAUGAUGACUAUUGAAAUCGAUAAAACAGUUGUUCAGUUUGAUUUUAUUGAUGAUAGUUGCUCUGGAUCACUUCCGGUGUCACCGUUGAGUUUAUCUUUUAAAAGAAAUUUUUCCGAUUUUGUGAGAUAUAUAUUAGAUUUCAUUAAGAACACUAAAGGAGAAUCAUUUUCUUUUUUACUUAUGAAAGCCUGCUGUUUAGGGCUAACAGAUAUUGUCAGGGUACUAAUAGACAAGGGUUCGAAUAUUGAUUUCAGAGAUACAAAUGGAUGGACUCCUUCAAUGGCAGCCUGUGAACAUGGUCAUAAAAGUAUAUUAGAAUUGUUACUUAAAUCUAAAGCAAAUGUAAGACAAGCUGAUAACUAUGGAUGGACGCCAUUUAUGAGAGCAUGCGGAAAGGGUCAUGCAGAUGUAAUAAAACUAUUAAUAGAAAGUGGAAUAAAAAUUAAUCAAAAAGAUAAAUAUGGACAAACACCUUUCAUGUUGGCAAUUGAAAAUGGUCAUCAUAAUACCAUAGAGCUUCUGUUGAAUAAGAUUACAAAAUACGAGAUCGACAAUAAGGCAAAAUCACCAUUAAUAUGUGCUUGUGACAAUGGGUGGAAAAAUAUAGUUGAACUGCUUAUAAAUCGCGGUGCAGACGUAAAUACGGUUGAUAUUUAUGGGAUGACACCUUUAUUAGCUGCAGCUAAACAUUGCUACAAACAGAUUGUGAUGAUACUAUUGGCAUCCGGUUCAAUUGUUUAUGGUAUUCGUGAAAACAUAUCUAUCUUGAUUAAAUGGGCAUUCUAUGGUGGAAAUCAAGACGUCAUUACCAUUUUGAAAAAUUGUCGAGAUGAAUCUGAAGGUAGUAAAUGUGGAUGGAUUCCGUUAAUAGCUGCUACCAUAGAAAAACAAGAUACUCUUGUUAAAUUGUUAAUAAGUCAAGGGGCAAACGUCAAUAUAUCAGAUACAGAUGGUAUUACUCCGCUCUCUUGGGCGUGUAAAUUGGGUCAUUUCGAAAUAACCAAAGUACUUAUAUCAGAAAAAGCAAAUCCGAAUUCCUCAGAUUACUUGAGAAAAACACCUCUUAUAUAUGCAUGCCAGAACAAUAAUAUUGAUAUAGUUCAAUUACUGCUUAAAAUAGUAACAGAAGUUAAUUCUUUCGAUGACAAAGGAGAUGCACCUCUCCUUUCCGCUUGUAAAAAUGGCAACAGGGAUAUUAUCCAAUUAUUGAUAGAAAAAGGAGCAGACGUUAAUGUAUUUGAUAAAGAAGAAGAUACACCUCUUAUAUUGGCAUGUCACAAAGACAACAUUGAUGUUGUCCGAUUAUUGAUAGGAAAAGGAGCAAACGUUAAUGUAUCUAAUAUGUUUGGAGAAUCCCCUCUAAUAUUGGCAUGUCAUAAAGACAACACUGAUAUUGUCCGAUUAUUGAUAGAAAAAGGAGUAAACGUUAAUGUAUCAAAUAAAAAAGGAGAAACACCUCUUAUAUUGUCAUGUAACAAAGACAACACUGCUAGUAUCCGAUUAUUGAUAGAAAAAGGAGCAAACGUUAAUGUACCGGAUGCCGAUGUGGAAAACCCUAUUAUAUGGUCAUGUUACAAUAACAACAGUGAUAUUGUCCAAUUAUUGAUAGAAAAAGGAGCAGAUGUUAAUGUAUCUGAUAAGGAUGGAGAUACCCCUCUAAUAUUGUCAUGUUACAAAGAAAACACUGAUAUUGUCCGAUUUUUGAUAGAAAAAGGAGCAGACGUUAAUGUAUCUGAUAAGGAUGGAGAUACCCCUCUAAUAUUGUCAUGUAACAAAGACAACAGCGAAUUGAUCCGAUUAUUAAUAGAAAAAGGAGCAGAUGUUAAUGAAUCAAACGAAGACAGAGAAACCCCUCUUAUAUUGUCAUGUUACAAUAACAACAGUGAUAUUGUCCGAUUAUUGAUAGAAAAAGGAGCAAACGUUAAUGUAUCUGAUAAAGAAGAAGAUACACCUCUUAUAUUGGCAUGUCACAAAGACAACACUGAUAUUAUCCGAUUAUUAAUAGAAAAAGGAGCAGAUGUUAAUGAAUCCAACGAAGAUGGAGAAUCCCCUCUAAUAUUGGCAUUUCAUAAAGACAACACUGAUAUUUUCCGAUUAUUGAUAGAUAAAGGAGCAAACGUUAAUGUAUCAAAUAGAAAAGGAGAAACCCCUCUUAUAUGGUCAUGUAACAAAGACAACACUGAUAUUAUCCGAUUAUUGAUAGAAAAAGGAGCAAACGUCAAUGUAUCUGAUAAGGAUGGAGAUACCCCUCUAAUAUGGUCAUGUUACAAUAACAACACUGAUAUUGUCCGAUUAUUGAUAGAAAAAGGAGCAAACGUUAAUGUAUCUGAUAUGGAUGGAGAUACCCCUCUAAUAUUGUCAUGUAAAAGAGACAACAGCGAUAUGAUCCGAUUAUUGAUAGAAAAAGGAGCAGAUGUUAAUGAAUCCAACGAAGAUGGAGAAUCCCCUCUAAUAUUGGCAUUUCAUAAAGACAACACUGAUAUUUUCCGAUUAUUGAUAGAUAAAGGAGCAAACGUUAAUGUAUCAAAUAGAAAAGGAGAAACCCCUCUUAUAUGGUCAUGUAACAAAGACAACACUGAUAUUAUCCGAUUAUUGAUAGAAAAAGGAGCAAACGUCAAUGUAUCUAAUAAGGAUGGAGAUACCCCUCUAAUAUGGUCAUGUUACAAUAACAACACUGAUAUUGUCCGAUUAUUGAUAGAAAAAGGAGCAAACGUUAAUGUAUCUGAUAUGGAUGGAGAUACCCCUCUAAUAUUGUCAUGUAAAAGAGACAACAGCGAUAUGAUCCGAUUAUUGAUAGAAAAAGGAGCAGAUGUUAAUGAAUCCAACGAAGAUGGAGAUACCCCUCUAAUAUUGUCAUGUAAAAUAGACAACAGCGAAUUGAUCCGAUUAUUAAUAGAAAAAGGAGCAGAUGUUAAUGAAUCAAACGAAGACAGAGAAACCCCUCUUAUAUUGUCAUGUUACAAUAACAACAGUGAUAUUGUCCGAUUAUUGAUAGAAAAAGGAGCAAACGUUAAUGUAUCUGAUAAAGAAGAAGAUACACCUCUUAUAUUGGCAUGUCCCAAAGACAACACUGAUAUUAUCCGAUUAUUAAUAGAAAAAGGAGCAAACGUCAAUGUAUCUAAUAUGUUUGGAGAAUCCCCUCUUAUAUGGUCAUGUAACAAAGACAACACUGAUAUUAUCCGAUUAUUGAUAGAAAAAGGAGCAAACGUUAAUGUAUCUGAUAAAGAUGGAGAUACCCCUCUAAUAUUGUCAUGUAAAAGAGACAACAGCGAUAUGAUCCGAUUAUUGAUAGAAAAAGGAGCAGAUGUUAAUGAAUCCAACGAAGACAGAGAAACCCCUCUUAUAUUGUCAUGUUACAAAAACAACAGUGAUAUUGUCCGAUUAUUGAUAGAAAAAGGAGCAAACGUUAAUGUAUCUGAUAAAGAAGAAGAUACACCUCUUAUAUUGGCAUGUCACAAAGACAACAUUGAUGUUGUCCGAUUAUUGAUAGGAAAAGGAGCAAACGUUAAUGUAUCUAAUAUGUUUGGAGAAUCCCCUCUAAUAUUGGCAUGUAAUAAAGACAACACUGAUAUUGUCCGAUUAUUGAUAGAAAAAGGAGCAGACGUUAAUGUAUGUAAUGACGAUGGACACAACUCUCUAAUAUUUGCAUGUCACAAAGACAACACUUAUAUUAUCCGAUUAUUGAUAGAAAAUGGAGCAGACGUUAAUUUAUCUGAUAAAAGAAAAGUAACCCCUCUUAUAUGGUCAUGUAAACAUGACAAUAUUGAUAUAGUCCGAUUAUUUUUAGAAAAAGGAGCAGAGAUUAACUUGUGUGAUAUUGAUGGAAUGACUGCUUUGCUAUAUGCUUCCAAAAGUGGGUUUUUCGAAAUAGUUGAAGAAUUGACAAUGAACGGAGCUGAUGUUCUCUUAGCGGCUAAAAAUGGGAAAACGUCAUUGAUGUUUGCAAUUGAAAACAAUGAUCGUCGAAUUGAAAACUUUCUUAGUAAACACCUAUACAAAUCAAAAAUAUUCGACAACAAUCGUAAAAGAUCUAUAAACCAAACUGGUGAUGAGGUCAUCUAUGAACGAGCAACCAAGAUAAUGAGAGUGGAUGAAGCCACACAUUAAAAAGCAAGGAUGUUUUGUUUUAGUCAGAAAAUGUCAAUGCAGUCAAUUUUAAUAUUUCUGAUAUGCAAUCUUAUGAGGUUAUUUUCAGAAAGGAACAAUACAAUGAUAAACCUAUUUGAAUAUUAAGGUUCCAUAUGCUUGUUUCUUACAUUAAGUUUUUCGGACAGAGUUUUCAAUACCAAUUUAUAAAGAAAGGUGUAGUCGGUAAUUUUUCAGUUUAAAGUCAUAUGAAACUUCAAGUUAAAAAACAAAUAUGCAUAUGUUUUUUUACAACUAAAUUGCUAGUUUUAAUUAUGAAACUUAUGUACAUAUACUUUAUCUCAAGAAAUUUCUAUAAUUUGUCCAAAUUUAGAAGAAAUUUACUUUUUUAAUUGCUUGCUUCCAGCAAACAAUUUUCCGAUAUGUUUUCCGCAUGCUGCGUGACCUUUCUCGUAAAAUUCCGGUGUCCAUAAUACGCAAGUGCGAAUGGAAAGCCAAACGUAAACAUCGCUCCGUCAUCAAAAUCAUUUUUUUCUUAUUGUACAUGUUAUACACGUGCUUACCUGAAUAUCCGUGCUUGUUUGUUGAUUGUUUACAAACGGCUAACAAUCGUUUAUCUUUGGCUUCAAAAUAUGACCAUUAAAUAGCUUCCAUAUUUUCACAACAACUUGGAUCGAUUGAAAUAUUUUUUGACAAUUAUACGAAAUUUAUGCGGAAGGAAUGAUAAAAACGUGCACAGAAGACUAAGUUUAUGAUAUGUGUAUGCAUUGGUUCAAGAAUUGGAUUAAAAUCAUUUUUCACCGGUCACUCGUUUCAUAGGACUUUAACUUUUUGACUGUCAUCAAAGACUGUUUACAAACAUUUUUUAGGCAUGAAAAUGUCUUUUUUUAUAUUACUUACUUGUAUGUGAUCUCUUGGCAUGUGAUCUCUACUACCCAAUAUUCCAAAAUCUGUACUAUUUUCCCGACAUAAUGAUAUCUGAAGUCACAGUUAUUUUCAUGGCCAUAAAAAAAAGAAGAUGUGGUAUGAUUGCCAAUGAGACAACUAUCCACAAAAGACCAAAAUGACACAAACAUUAACAACUAUAGGUCACCGUACGGCCUUCAACAAUGAGCAAAGCUCAUAUCGCAUAGUCAGCUAUAAAAGGCCCCGAUAAGACAAUGUAAAACAAUUCAAACG